AGGUUUCUGAGCAGAUGGUCACUUUUUCAUCAUGUGAAUGCCCAGUGGGCCAGGACAGAUGUCACCACAUGGCAGCGCUCCUCCUAUGGAUUCAAAAGAAUGUUUCAAGAACUGAUCUUGAGUGCAAGUGGUCCCGCCCCAAACCCUGCAAAUCCCAAGAAACCCCAACGAAGAGACUUUCACAGCUGACUCCAAGUACAAGUACAGCUGGAAUAAAAAGACUUGUGGAAGAGGAGGAUAGGGAGUGGCUAUUACAGAGAGUUUCCUUGCUAGGAAGAUUCACUGGGAUUGGGUGGAUCCUUUCCAAAGAACCUGAAGUGGUCAAACAAGUAAAAAGCUAUGCUUUUAUAACAUGACGGAGCAGAUGAAGAAGCUUGAGAAGCAGUUACAGCAGGCCAGGGACCAGCAGGAGAAGAGCGCCGAGCAGGUCUUGGAGUUGGAGCAGGCCCUUGAGGAACGGCAGCAGAUGCUGCUACAGAGCACGGCCCGCAUGGCCGAGCUGGAGGACAAAGAAGGACAGCUGGAACACCAGGUGUCACAUCUGGAGAAGGGUCUAAACCACGUGACCACAGCAGCAGAGAAAGAUGCCGCCUUGAUCGAGAAGAAGCUACACCAGGCUUGCAUGGACCUGGAGGAUAGGACCAGUCAGUUGACGGAAGCUACUCAGGCUCUGAGUCAAGCCCAGUCGGAGCUAGCCGAAGCCGAAACCCGGUCAGCAGACUUGGAGCUACAGCUCAGCCAGACCAAGAAGGACUGCGACAACCACGCAGCCAAGGCAACCCAGCUAGAUAUGGACCUCAGAGAGGCUAAACUACAGCUGGACAACAUGACACAGAAAGUUUCUGACCAGGAGAGUUCCCUGGAGACCACCAGACAGGAGAACAAGUCUCACAGGGAGCGCUCCACGGAGCUGGACGGGGAGCUGCGCCGGGCCCAGCUGGAGAUGCAGACGGCAACCAAGCAGCUGUCUGAACUACAGCGACUGCUGCAGCGUAGCCGGGCCGAAGCCAAGCAGAAACAGCAGCGUAUGCAGGAACUCAGCGACGAAUUGAGGUAA